AGAGAGAGAGAGAGAGAGAGAGAGAGGCGGGCACACGCAUUCGCAGUCGCGAUCAGAGCAGGGCAGCGGACGAUCUGCUGCUGGUCGAAUUCGGUCGACGCGACAGGGAGCCGGGGAGUCGGAGGUCGAGGAGGUCUGAGGAGCGCGACUGAUUUUGGAGCGUUCUGUGCGAGCGCCGAGCGGACGAGCGAGCUUCUCGAGCGAGAGGAGGAGAAACGGGUGCUACAAGGGAAGGGAAGGCUAGGAGCCGAGGACGUCGCUCAAUUGCUGGUCAAUGCAGGAGUUGCAGAGCCGGGAUGCUCUUUGCCAUUCUUCCGCAAGACUUGCAGUGGAGUGGACUGUGGAGCGUCACAAGUAGAUUGCGCAUAAAUAGUCGUCGGGUUAAGGCGGGCUUUGUGCAGUUUGGGGGCAGGAAGAUGGGCAGAUAAUGGUCUGAAUCGUUUCGGCGGGAUUAGUCGCAGGCGACACAUGAGUUCCAAGCUUCGCCUCUCUUCGUAAAGUCUGGUUCACGAAGAAGGGUUUGCUUCGACUUCAGAGCUCUUUAGCUAGGACCCUCGUCUGCCAGCGUCGGUGCCCGUUUGGAAGCGUUCCGGUAGGACGACCUGUAUUGAAGGUUAGUUUUUUUAAGAAAUUGUCUCAACCGUCCUGGACAAAUGCUAGUUUUACUUGUCAUCUCGAAUUCGCGUGGGAGAUUAAACUGCAGCAGAUAAAGCCCUCACACUGCAGCAGACCAGGAAAGCUUGAAGUCAAAAUCAGGCAGACAGUUGUGGACGUGCGUUGUAGACUAGGCGAGCAAGUGGUGAAAGAAUUGAAGGGGGAUAAGAUUAUCUAGCACCGGGUGCUAAGUUUAAGGAAAUGGUAUGUUGAAGAAACACUUGAAAGAAGUGGAUAUCGACGGUACGAAGGCUUUGGUCUGCCCAGUUUGUUAUCAGGGAUUGACACUGACAAUAUAUCGCGGUUGGGGUCACGAGAUCUGGUGACAUUCUCCCUUGGCCUACUGUUUUCAGCUACAUCUAUGAGGUCUUCCUGAAUCCAAUUCCUAUCUUGAAAGUUAUCUUGCGAAGGACACCUCGCGAGCAUUGACGGGCUGCCUCCAAUGGAUAGUAGCAACUGGAGGAAUUUACUUCCUCAUGACUCCAGGCAGAAGAUUGUCAAGCGCAUAAUGGAUACUCUUCAAAGACACAUGCCGCCUACUGGGCAGGAAAGUAUGGGGGAAUUGUUGAAAAUAGCUUGGCGUUUUGAGGAAAAGAUUUACCAAGCAGCGACGGACCAGCAAGAUUACCUGAGGAGGAUAUCUCUCAAGAUGCUUUCUUUGGAAACGAAGGCACAAGCAACUCCUACGAACAACAUGACAAGACUAGGAGGAGUGCAGCAGGGUAGUGUAAAACCGUUGGACUCAGGAGCGUUACUCAUGCAAAAUCAGUCUCAAGGCCUGGGCAAUGGACUUCAAAUGCCUGGGCAGGUUAGUGGGCAGGCGCAACAGAGGCAGCAGGUGCUAGCGCAAUCUGUAAUGACUGCGCAAUCUUUACAGAGUAACCUCAACGCAAAUGUGCUCCAAAAUGCCACCGGGCUUGGUCAAACUCUAUCCAACAUGAGUGGAAUGCCUCAAAGUACUCUUACAACCAACUCGGGUCCUAAUAGUGCACAUCCGAAUGCAUCCUUUCUCAAUGCCCAAAGGAUGCAGCAACAAAUUCAGCAGCAACGGGUACAGCAGCAGCAGCAGCAGCAGCAAACGCCUCAGCAACAGCCGCCCUCGGUACAUCAGCAACAGCUGAUCUACCAGCAACGGCUACAACAACAACAACAGCAGCAGCAGAUGAUGAAGGCUAAGUUGCAGCAACAUUCACUCUUGCAGCAGCAGCAGCAACAACAACAGCAGCAGCAGCAGCAACAACAGCAACAGCAGAGUCUGCAGCAACAACAGCAGAGUUUGCAGCAGCAGCAGCAACAGCAGGUGCCUACUUUACAACAGCAGCAGCCGACGAAUCAGUUAAUAUCUCAGGCCGGCAAUGUUACACCCACUUUGCAGCAACAGCAACAACAUCAGCUUAUGCAUCAGCAGCAACUCAUGCAAGCUAAGCAGCAGCAGCAGCAGCAGCAGCAGCAACAACAGCAGCAACAGCAGCAACAGGCUCAACAGCAGCAACAACAACAACCACAACAUCAGGUACAGCAGCAACAGCCAUCUGCCAUUCAGGGUCAAUCUCAGCAACCCCAUCAAUCGCAGCAAGCGAACCCAUCUCAGCAAGCACAGCAGCUUCAACAGCAACCAGCUGUUAAUCAGCAGGCUCAACAAGCUCAACAGCAGAGGCUACAGAACCCUGGUGGACUGAAUCAGCAACAACCCAAUUUAUACGAUCUUCAGCAGCACCAGAAACAGCAACGUGUGUUUCCUGAGGCUUCUACUGCAUCAGUGGAUUCAUCUACACAUUCAGCCGGAGCUUCCGUGUUGGAUCAUCGAGACAUCGUGUGGCCCAAGUUGCAAGUGCUGAAAGACAAGUAUUUGCAAGAUAUGAAAGAAUUGUAUGGCAUGUUGACAACGAGGAGUACGAUGCCGAUGCCGCCUGACCAGCUCCAGAAGCUGAAGCAUUAUAAAGAUGUUCUGCAUCGCAUGAUUCCAUACUUGACGGUACCGAAGGAGAGAGUUCCAAGGGAGUUCAAUCAGGACAAGGUUGAGGCUUUUGAGAAGCAAAUCGUGAACAUUAUGGAGACAUUUAAGCGUCGAAAGCAACCACCGCAGCCAGCCUUACCACCGCAGCAGCAAGGCGGCCAGGCUCCACCUCCAGCGCAACAACAGCUUUUAUCGCAAAUCCAACAACAGGAUAACAAGCAUGUGCAGCAAAUGCCAGUGCCGGGCGUUGGCCAGUCAACUGUGAGCGCCCUUCAGCCCAACAGUUUGGCAGCUAAUUUGGGUCCAACGUUGCAGCAAUCGGGAAUUCCUCCUUUGCAACAAAAUGGAGCUAAUACUGGUCAACCCACUGCAACAUCUCUGCAAAGCAACAGUAUGAGUUCACCCCAGCAAGGCGGUGUGACAUCGCUGCAGGCCAAUGGGAUAAGCGCAAUGCAGCAGGGUGGGCUAAGUACGUUGCAGCAGAACGGGGUGAGUACGUUGCAACAAAAUGGCGUCAAUGCCUUGCAGCAGAACGGGGUAAGUGCAUUGCAGCAGAAUGGAAUCAGUACUUUGCAGCAAAAUAGUGUUAUCCCUUUACAGCAGAGCGUGGCCAAUACCCUUCAGCAAAAUGGGAUUCAGAGUGGGAUGAAUCCUUUACAGCAAACAGGAGCUAGCUCUCUACAGCCAGGUGUAGUUAGUAACUUACAGCAGCCAAACGGAGUUAGCACAUUGCAACAACAAAGUGGAGCCACUGUGCUGCAACCAACUGGCGUGAAUACAUUGCUUCAACCUGGAGCUAACCCAUUGCAGCAAAAUGUUGGUUCCUUGCAACAGCAACAGCUGCUGCACGUGCAACAACAACAACGUUUACUCAAAGAUCAGGAGCAGGCAAAGCAACAACUCCAGCAACGGCAACUUCAACAACAGCAGUUACUGCAGCAACAACAACAGCAACAGCAGCAGCAGCUGCAACAACAGCAGCAGAAGGUCCAGGCUCAGAUGCAUGCCCAUCAGCAUGGUCAGCACAGCCAGCAGCAACUGCAAGACUUUUCUAAUGAUACAUCCUUGAAAUCGAGGCAACUAGCUGCAAAACAAGUCUUACUUCAGCAGCAGCAAAUGAAGCAAAGACAACUCUUUCAGCAGCAAAUGCAACAGCAGCAAGCACAACAGCAGCAGCAGCAGCAGCAACAACAGCUCAAAGUGGGGUCACCUCAAAUGACGCCACAGUUAGUCUCAUCCCCUCAAAUUUUACAAUCUCCCUCACCUCAGAUCUCAAUUACACAGCAAAUGUCCCCGCAACCUGAUCACCAAAGUUUUGCAACACCACUACAGGUUUCCAAAGUAGCUACUCCUUUGCAGGCCACCACACCUCCUCUUAGGACGCCUUCACCUUCUCUGCUUCCAGUUGCUUCUCCACCUCCUCACGAGGAAGGUGACCUAAAAGCCUCCACUCCAGCAACUGCCACACCUGGCACUGUACAGACCCCUCAGCUAGUCGCAGCAACGCCAAGUAGUGCAGUCUCAGUUGGAAUCGGAACACCAGGACCUUCGGUUUCCCCUCUUAUGGUUGACUUUUCACCUAGCCCACAAGACGCAAGGGCCAUUCCUCAAGAUGCGUUACAGGCGUUUUCUCCUGGAACGCCCCUGCUGGACAAAUCAAAUGCAAAGGAUCCUUUGGAGCGACUCUUAACACAGGUUGAUACGUUGUCACAUGGAGUAUUGGACUCAGCAGUUGGAGAAAUGAAUGCCGUAAUUAGUUGUCACGACAAACUUGGAGCAUCUGCUCCUGGUAUUGGAUCGAGAGCCGCAGUAGGGGACGAUCUUUCGUCCAUAACGAGAGCAAGGUUGCAAGUAAGGGGCUGGAUGUCGCAAGAUGGUCCUGUGAAGAAAAAAAUGAGACAGAUGGAUUCUGUGGCGCUUAGCCUCAUCGGGUAUAAUGGGUUAGUGACUAAUAGCUUGCACAGAGCAGAGAGUUUUGACAGCCCCGAGACUCGGCCUAUGACUAUGACAAAUCUUCGAAGUCCGAGAAUGAAGGUACCCAUAGCUGUCAAAGAUGAAAUCAAAUUUGUCAAUCAAACGCUUAUCGACACCGAAGUGGAGAUAAGUGAAGAAGGUACGGAAGAGGCGGCAGCUCAAGGGAAGGAAGGUGUUGUUGUUACCUGUUCGUACAAGGGUGCUGCUGUCAGUCCGAGUUUCACUCAUCGGAAUAAACUGGUCUCGUUGCCCCUUGUAUGGUUACUUAUACCUCCAAGUUACCCCGAGUGCUCGCCCAUAGUGUGGUCAGAACACAUGGCUCCAAAUGCCAGCUAUUCUGUAGUUGCUGCAGCUCGAGAUGAGUUUACAAGAGAGGUAAGAGCUUUGGCUGCACCCGUCACCCUUAAAGACAUGGCUGGCGUUUGGGAUAGAUGUGCACGUCAAGCCCUUGCAGAAGCUGCCACUUUUCAUGGUGGUGGAACGUUCAGCACCCACUUCGGCAUGUGGGAGUCUUUUGUAAGUGCUUAGAGAAGCCCUGCACAAUACGAGCGAGUGCACUGGAAUUGUACACACUCUUUGAGACUUGUCUCUACUAGAGCUUUGUCGUAAAAGUCUUAUGCGUCUUAGUGUAUCGCACGAGGGAGUAACAACCAUCAUAUUUCUGGCGCUCCACCAACUCUUUGGAUUGAAGAUUUUAUCUAUUCACGACUUGAGAAAGACCAGCUUUCAAUGGUUCUGCACACAGUGGAGCAUAAUGAUUAUCCAGCUGGUAGUGUAGUUCAUAUGCAUAUAGGAGGUGUGAGAUAUGUAGGAAAUAGCGUAGCUACAAGUGUUUGUGAAGCAGCACAAUUCAUUUGCUGAUAUAAUAAACACUGCAGUGAAGGAGCGUUCGAAGAGGAAGGAGUGUUCUGAUUAGAACCUCUUCUAGUUCUAGGGGCUUUGAAUGUCUGAUCCUGAAGGCGGUGAACUUUAGAUGUAGUUUUACCUUCUCGUUGUGCAUAGAGUUCUGGAUAGAUUCAUCAAAUACCAGAGUUUAGUUUCUAGUGUACCAUUAUUGUCAUGUGUAUGGCAAUGCUACGUCUCCCACCUGUGUGGGCUCCCCAUCGUUGUAAAUAAUCCCACGAGAUUGGGCUCAUUACGUAGCACUUGAACUUCUGUUCAGUUACUUUAGAUGUUCAAUACACUUAAAGCUGCCAACUACAUGUUCUCAAAAGAUCUCUUGAGGCUAGUUUCAAGAAUGUCCUUCCCUGUUGAGUAGACAGUAGCCCAGGGUUGUAUGCGGAGAACUGUACAAAUUUUUGAGAUGGAUCCUUGACCAUUAAAAGGUGUAAAUUUAUGGCGCCGAUUGAUUCAUGUAUAGUGUUUCACGACUUCUUUUCAAUCUGGUUUAGUAGUUCUUACUUGGAUGAGUGAAGUGGUCUUUUCACGGUGUACUUGGUGAUGUCUCAAUAAAGAGUGAGCAAGUUCAUUCC